AUGUCUUCAACACAAGAUCCAUUGCAUAAAUUCCAUCAGCAAUUCCAAUCGUUUGUCCAGAAUAAUCCAAAUGUAAUAUCAGCCGCAAGAGCUGCUUCACAAAUUCCGGAAUCUGCUAAGGCAGUGGUAGUUUUAUCACCAUUAUCCUUACAGCAUGUGUUCCUAAGAGAUUGGGUUGCCAAAUCAUAUAAGAAAACUAUUGUCGAAAGACCAGAACGUCUAUUGGCAAGUUCAAUGGGUAUUUCAGCUGCAAUUACAAUGUAUCCUGCGCUGUUCACUUUGAAAUCGUCAAGUCAAAGACUGGGUUCUUUAAAUGCUCCUCAUGUGGUUAAGAUUCAUGGUACAAAAUGGCCAAAUGAAAUUGUAAAAUUAUGUCAAAAAGCUGAUGAAAAAUUGGCUAAAGGUGAGAUUGAAGUUCCUGCUUCUUGGAAUGCCGGUGAUAUAUAUUUAAGUUCUCGUACUAUUGAGGCUUUACAGGGUUCUAUUGGCGCUUUAGAAACUGGUGUGGAUUCUAUCUUUAGUGGGCCUUCUCCUGACCACAUCAGUAAUAGAGCAUUCGUAGCAAUACGACCUCCUGGUCAUCAUUGUCAUGUGGACACACCUUCAGGGUUUUGUUUAUUGAAUAACGCUCACAUUGCAAUUGAAUAUGCAUCUGACACUUAUGGUAUCACCCAUGCUGUCAUCUUGGACUUUGACUUGCACCAUGGUGAUGGUACUCAAGAUAUAUGUUGGAAACGUGCAGGUUUCCGUACUGAAGCUGAACCUGAAACCACUGAGGGAUAUGAUGAGUUUGGCAAGAAAUUUGCUGAAUUUCCAAAAGUUGGUUACUUCUCAAUGCAUGAUAUAAAUUCUUUCCCCACUGAAUCACAAUAUGCUACUAAGGAAAAUAUAAGAAAUGCAUCUACUUGUGUUAUGAAUGCUCAUGACGUAAACAUUUGGAAUAUUCACUUAUCGCCUUGGGAAACUGAACAAGAUUUUGAUAAAUUAUACCAAACCAAAUACAGAACUUUGUUUGCUAAAGCUGAUGAAUUCUUCAGAAAUGCUAAAGAAGAAAUGGACGCUUUAGGUAAACCAUUCCAAGGUUUAGUUGUUAUAAGUGCAGGAUUUGAUGCUUCUGAGUUUGAGCAAACAUCAAUGCAAAGGCAUUCUGUUAAUGUUCCGACGCAUUUUUAUACUAUGUUUACCAAAGAUGCUUUAAAACUAUCCCAAAUUCAUUGCCAUGGUAAGGUGCUUUCCAUCAUGGAAGGUGGUUAUUCUGAUAAGGCUAUUGCGUCUGGUGUAUUUUCUCAUUUAAUUGGUUUGCAAAAUCAAAAUUGGAUAAAAGAAUGGGGAUCUGAACAAGUUGUCAAAGAAAUUGUUCGUGGCUGUAAACCUCAUUGGAAACCAUACAAAACUAAGAAAUCGAGAGACGUAAUUAGAAUAUGGGCUGAAGAAGUCAUCAAGUUAGGUAGAUCAAUGAUAAAUGAAUUUGAAGAUGUUCUAUUCCAUGAGAAGGAAACUGAGGUCAACGAUAAAUAUGGUUAUCCUAGCCUAAAGCCUCAGAGAGUUACAAGAUCACAAACAAAUGAACUCAAUCAUAUCAAAAUGGAAAGUGAACAUGUACCACCAUCUCGUAAAUCUGAACGUGAAUCGAGAAAGAAGACAGAGGGACAUGAAGCUAAGCAACAUGUCCCCAAAGAAGCAGCCAAGGAAGUCCCAUUCGUGGAACAAGAAUUAUUUAGUGAUGAAGAAGAUGAAGAAUAUAUUUAUGAUGAAGAAUUGAAUAAGACAUUCAAUCGUACAGUGGAAGAUAUUACAAUUGAUGAUAUUUCCAGGCAUUUAGAGACUUUGGAGAUUGUUGAAAAUAAUCACGAUGAAGAUGAAGAUGACGAUAAUGGUGGCAGACAUAAAAACGGUACUAAAAAAUUAUCCAAUAGUGAUAGAAGGAUACCAUCAAGUACAACUUCAAGAAAUAUCAGAGUUAAUCGAAACUCAAAUAUAUUGAACUUUGAUGACAGUGAUAUUUCUAUGAUAUCUCAUGUUGGUACUACCAGAAAACAUUCUACUAGAAGUGGAGGAAGAUGGUAA